AUGCCCCUAGCUAAUGGUGUAUUUACGGCUGGUACCAUGCAGAUGAAUUCUACGCCUGAACUAGUGCUAUUAAAGAAUGAUGUUGGGGGUUCUCAUUUGAAGAAGCUAGACACAACAAAUGUUUCUAUUCUAUCUUGGAAUGUUCGAGGGGCAGCAAAUGCAACUUGUAAGAGAAAUCUUAAGGAUUUAGUGAGAAGGAUAAAGCCUGAUAUCUGCUUUAUCUUCGAAACUCAUACUCAAUUCCAAAGACUAGCUUCGUUCUGGCUUCGCCUAGGCUACAAGCCACUAGCGAUUGAGGAAGCUCAUGGUCAUUCUGGUGGUAUAUGGGCUCUGGGUCUCACUUCUUUGCAUGUUCAGGUAGGAGUGGUGGCGACUCAUCCACAAGCUAUUAGUCUUCGUUUUAGUUCAGACACCGCUUCUUGGAUUGGUACUGGUGUGUAUGCUAGUCCGACUCCUUCUCUUCGUCAAGGGCUUUGGGAGCAUCUCCGGAGUGUUGCUGAUCUUGUGCAAGGGUCGUGGGCUUUAAUUGGUGAUUUUAAUGACAUUGCUUCUAUGGUUGAACAUAGAGGUGGUGUUUUUUCUCCAGCGCGAGCACGAGCCUUUGUUGACAAUUAUGAGUCUUGCGGAUUGUUGGAUCUUGGUUCAUUCUGGUUCUCCUUUACAUGGUUCCGUCAUGCUCAAGGCCACCCCCUCUUCAUCGUAGGCUAG